AUCUGGGACAUUUUUCCUAUUUUGCAGUGAUAUUUUGAUAUAUAAUUCAUAAAUACUGGCAUUGAGAUGAAAGAAAAUGUUUUAAACGUAUCUUAAUACAUAUAGAGUUGGUAAAAAUGAAAAUGAUACCUAGCUUUCACCAUAUCACAACUUGCAGAGCUUCAAAAAACAUAAAAAGCGAAUUCUUCCUACUGAAAAAUGUAACAUUAUAAUUUAUACUGGUCACCUCUCAACUGAGGACAAAAUGGGCCUGACUGAUACGGCCCAGCUUCCCAAUCCUGAUCAGGAAAAUCCACUGCGCAAGGCGUCAUCAAUCAGAUCCAAGAAAUCAAAUCUAUCUGAGUAUGGCCUCGGCAGACUUUUUGAUACAGACAAUGCCGACCAUCUCAGUAUAGAAGACCAACUCAAAUUAUACAAAAAACGUGAUUUAGAGGAUACCAAAUACUAUAAAUGUGCUGUAAAGGUAUUCUGGGCUCCCAGAAGCAGAAAACGGGUGAUUGUUGCUCAACCUAAAGAAGUGCUCCGUGGUGGUCAUCCAGAUGCACCCAAAGAAGAAAAGUCACGAUUUUCAAAACCUGCUCUGCCAAAGGUUGGUGAAGACACAAGUAUAGCAGAGCUGGAGAGAAUCAUAGAAGAUCUUGAAAAGGGGCCAGAGAAGCCAAUAUCUAGACCUCCACCAGAAAUAUCAUCCAAGUUCACAGAACCUGAUGAGAUAACUGAGUACAAGACAUGGCUAGAGAAACGUAAGCAGCUCAGGACAGAUAUUGAUUCCAUGGGUUUGAAUGAAGAAUGGCUGGCUAAUAAACCGAAUAAGACAGAACUGGAGAUGAGAGUGCUGCAGAAGAUUAUUGAUGACAGGACACCAAAGAUACCAUCACCUGUGCCUGUCCCAGAUCCACCAUAUGAUUUUGAAAUGUCUGAUGAUGUCCCGAGGUUCCGUCGUCCAUGUCCUGAGGCCAUUCAAAUCCUGGAACAGUUCCUGUCAGAGAAAAAGAUGCGGCUUGUCGACCUGUUCCAAGCCGUGGACAAAGACAAGAGUUGGUCACUUACUAAGGAUGAAUUUGUGGAGGCAAUCAAAUUGGCUGGUAUUGACAUGACUGACGAUAUGUUAGAAGAUCUAAUGCUGUCUCUUGAUGUUGACAUGAACAAGGAAGUAACGUACAAGCAACUUCUCAAGGGAAUGAGGAGUUGGAAGAAGGAAAAGUUUGACAGUAAACGGAAACUUAUAGCAUCCGGUAAAACAGAUUACCAACUUGAUAAUCCCAGAAGAAACCGACCUACAGUUUGUCCCCCAGAACACAGCCUCACACCCUCUGCUGAACUUACGAGUGCCCUUGAAAGCCAAAACCUACAUCUCUCAGAACCAAGAAAGGAGGUGACAUUCAGAGGGCAUAAUGCUGUGCGUUCAAAGGGCAGUCGGUCCAGUGAGCGUCUUACACCUCCACCACCUGAUUUACGAUCUGAGGUUUACUAUCUCGGUAAUCCAGAGGCAAUGGUGGCGUUAAGGAAAAUGAAUCGGGAGUUAUUGAAACAGGGAAAAAAGAAAUCUUCGAGACAAAAAACAGCAAAUUUCCAGAAUGGUAAAUCUAUGAUCAAGACCGGAAAUAAAGCCAUUGACAAUCAUUGUCGACCUUCCACGUUAACUGGCGACGUUGCUGACAUGGUGGACAAGUUCCGACAACUGAGACUCAAAGAAUAUGAAGAGGUCAACCGACUUUGUAAAGAAUCGGGCGUGGUUUUGACUGAGAAACUGUUGGAGAAAGUGCUGUUUCAUCCUCCUGACAAAUCCCACAGAGCACUGAAGAAGAAAAUCCGGCAGCCGGGUGGUCAGUUGCUGUCAUCACAUUUUGCUGAUCCACCAAAACGGCCGACUACACCGAUCGAGGUCAAACACAAGGGCCAUAUGAUCAAGACAGCGUCUGGUAAACUUCUGAUUGACAGCCGUCACAUGUAUCCAGAUAGCCAUUCUGUGAAACCGGUUGGAACAAGGAUGACAUUAUCGACAGGGAGGGCAUUUAUUCAAAGGCAGGUGGACUGCUGGAUGACGUUUGAAGAGUAUGAGAAACUAACAAGUAAAUUUGCUGCUCGUUAUAAGGAUUUGCAUGGAUGUGAUAUGAAUGCUUUCUGGCCUGGACACCUACUCGAUAAACUACGUCUUUGUAUGCCACCAUACGACAGCCACAAACCUGCAGGAGUCACGGCGAUGUUCCAGCCUAUCAUGCGAGAGAAGAAGAUUUACCAUGGGUACGAUAACGAUAUUAACACAUUACCUGUUGGUGACAAUGGUCACUCACAGUUUACGUGUGUUGACCCAUAUAUCAGGAAAUACUAAGCAAGAUGUAUGUCGAAUUUCAUUUUUGAUUGAGUUUGCCAGUAUAUAAAGUAAUGAGAUCUACUCAUACAUUCUAUUUUGUUCCAAUGAUUGCGUGUUUUUCUGUAAGAUGGGUAACCUCGAUCCAAGAGUGACAUUUUUUUGUGAAAUGCACCGUAGUACAAUGUUGUGGGACAACUGAACAGAUAGGCUGUUACUUGUAAAAAGCAGAGAAAGCCAUCUUAUAUUCCGUCCAUAGUGAAGAAUUAUGUUUACAGUUGAAGACUGUGUAAAACUAAGAGAGGAAAUCAUGAGAAAUAAAACUGUUUU